AUGUGUGGCAUCACUUGUGCGGUUGCAUUGCGGGGUCAUGGACCGUUAGCGAGGGAACGUGGGGAUUUGAGCAAAACACUAGAGAAGAGUCUGGAUACUAUCAAACAUCGUGGGCCCGAUGCAGAAGGCCACUGGAUUAGUGAAGAUUGUCGCGUGGCUCUUGCCCACAAUCGACUAGCGAUCGUCGACUUAAACCCGGAAGGCGAACAGCCAUUCCACGAUGCGGGUGGUAUUAUUCACGCUGUAGUGAACGGCGAGCUGUAUGGUUACGAAGAAACCCGAAAUCGCCUCAGUCGCGAGGGCUACAAGUUCAAGAGCCAGUCGGACUCUGAGAUUGCACUGGCGCUAUACAAGAAGCAUGGCCUUUCGUUCCUGUCGCAUCUACGCGGGGAGUUCUCAUUGUGUCUAUACGAUUCCGAGGCUCAGGUCUUCAUUGCCGCAUGCGACCGGUAUGCCAUCAAGCCUAUGUACUAUACAGUGCUAGAUGGCAAACUGCUGAUCGCUUCCGAGAUGAAGGCGUUCCUUCCUUUUGGGUGGCAACCCGAGUGGGACGUGCAAAGUAUCAAAGACGUGGGCUGGUUGUGCGAUGGAAGAACUAUCUUUCAAGGUGUUUCAAAGAUAUUGCCUGGACAUUACCUGGUGUGUAGAUCCUUUGGUACGAUUUCACAGGACAAGUAUUGGGAUGUCGACUACAAAGAUAAGCGUGAGCUUGAAACAAGAAGCGAAGAUGAGAUGAUACAAGGCGUGCGAAAGCAUCUCCUUGACGCCGUGCGAGACCGCCUCCGUGCAGAUGUGCCAAUUGGUGUCUUUCUCAGUGGCGGCAUCGACUCAAGCGCAAUAGCAGGAAUGGUGAAGCAUCUAAUGGACACGGAAGGUGCUCAGCUUGGUACUGCUCCAGCUUCAGAAAGGAUCAACUGCUUCAGUGUCAAGUUCAUUGGUGAAGAACACGACGAAGAGCCGAUCGCGCGUCGCACUGCGGAAUGGCUUGGGGUCAAGAUGCACCACUGCGAGAUGACCGAGGAUAACUUUGCCGCCAAUAUCGAGGACGCAGUCUGGCACAAUGAGGCCGCAGUGACUGAUCUGGGCACCGUCGGCAAAUUCUUGCUCUCAAAGCUUACCAGUGACGAAGGCAUCAAGGUUGUCCUUACAGGGGAGGGAUCAGAUGAACACUUCGCCGGGUAUAGGGAGUUACUUACAGACUUCGUUCGCGAGCCUGACCUUGCAUGGCAGAAUUCCGGUCUCCCUGAAGAAGAGCGCCGAGCAACAUUUGAAGGGUUAGAGGGCUCAGAGACCUCAGGUCCAAAGGAGCUCGCGACCUCGGCUGCAGUUCGUGCCCAAGUAAACAACACUUCUUUCCUUGGCUUCACGCAGACCGCAUCACUCCGAGAUUCGCUCUUUAUGCCUUGGGUAUUCAACGAGUUUGGAACAAGCGACAAACGUCUCACCGCUGUGAACGCUAUCGAUGGUCGAACGCGCGAGCUGAUGGCCAACAAGUGGCAUCCACUUCACACGUCUCUGUACAUCUGGACAAAGUCAUCUCUCGCAAACGGUCUUCUCACCGUAUUAGGCGACCGUUGCGAGAUGGCUCACAGUGUCGAAGGACGUCAACCAUUCCUCGAUCACCGCCUCACUGAAUAUGCUAUGAAACUUCCACCCUCCGUAAAGCUGCACUAUGACCCUACCAGUCGCAGCUUCAGUGAGAAAUGGAUUCUCAAAGAAGCUAUGAAGCCAUUCAUCACAACUGAGCUGUACACCCGCAAGAAGCAUCCUUUCUCAGCUCCAGUAAAGUACAAGCCCGAUGGGCCGGUACAUAAGCUGUUCCAGAGACUGAUCACGAAAGAGAACGUCGAGGCACUGGGCUUUCUGGAGUGGGACAAGUGCAAAGAUUUGUUGCACGAUGCAAUAUACGAUGGAGACAGACCGAAGUGGAGUCAAAUGAUCCUCGCUGGUCAGUUUGUGAUUUUGAGUAAGAAAUUUGGAGUGAGGACCGCAGCACCAGAGUUUGCCAGUCUGGAGAUGAAUGGAGUUGCGAAAUAG